AUGAGCUCUGAAGUAACGUUGGUGCCCACUGUAUCAACAACGUCCUCAGACGCCAUCAUUAAGGAAUUGUUCCAACAGUAUAUAUCAUUACAUCCAAACAAUAAGACUAAUCCGACCCAAAAUAAGCAAACAGAUUACAUUGGGUUUUCACUUCGAUCGUUACCGAUUAUAGGUAACUUUUUCCCUGAAAUGGACGAUAAGAAGAAGACCAUAAAUGAACUAUUAGAGAUACAAAAAGUAACAACGUCCUAUCGAGAAUGGUACGACACAUCAUUGAAACUAGAUGAGUUGUUGGGUAACAAUGCGUGGAAAUCAGAUCCAAAGAGUGAUAUAUACGAUUAUGAUUUGAUCUACAGGAACCUCAACGAGAUGAGACGAGCCAGAUUGAAUCACGAUUACAAACUACUUUUGUACUACAUUAGAACAAAAUGGAUAAGGAAUAUAGGUAAUAUGGGGGAUGCGAAUUUGUACCGGCACGCUUAUGUGGGAACAAAGAAGUUAAUCGAAGAGUAUGUCAGAGAAUGUCAACUAUCAUUGGAGUAUUUGGUCACCAACGACGAGGUGAAUUUGAACGAUAGGUAUUUAUUGGGGAUGUUAAUCCAAACUAGAAAGAAUAUUGGACGUACCGCGUUGGUGCUUUCAGGAGGCAGUACAUUUGGAAUUUUCCAUAUUGGUGUGUUGACAACUUUAUUUGAAGCAAAUUUGCUACCAAGAAUUAUAAGUGGUUCAUCUGCUGGCUCAAUUGUAGCAAGUAUUUUGUGCUGCCAUAAUAAUGAGGAGACCUUUGAAUUGUUGAGUACUAUCACAACCAAAAAAUUUAAUAUCUUUGAUGUGGUUGACUGCGACACCUCGCAAAUCCAGGGCUCCUUUAAGAAAGUUUUGUACUAUUUGGGACACUGGAUCAAAUAUGGAACCAUAUUUGAUAUUGAAGGAUUGCAAGAUACCAUGAUUGGGUUUUUAGGCGACUUGACUUUCAGGGAAGCUUACAAUAGAACGGGGAAAAUCUUAAACAUUACUGUAUCACCGGCGUCUGUACACGAGCAAACACGGUUAUUGAAUUAUUUAACUGCACCAAACUGCCUUAUUUGGUCAGCAGUAUGUGCCAGUUGUUCAGUUCCAGGAAUUUUUCCUUCCUGCUCAGUUUAUGAGAAAAACCCCAAAACAAACGAAAUUCACGAAUGGAAUAAUGAUGAGUCUAUGAAAUACGUCGAUGGAUCAGUGGAUAAUGAUUUACCAAUUACGAGGUUGCUGGAAAUGUUUAAUGUUGAUCACAUUAUUGCUGUUCAAGUUAACCCGCAUGUUGUUCCCAUAUUGAGAGUAUCAGUAAGCAACAUAGGUGGUCAAGUUGAGAACGAUUUGAUAUACAAGAUGAAGCACCUUUUGAACAAUGUUUACGAUUUUGUUUCCUGCGAGGCAAUCCACUAUUUGCAAUUGCUCAAUGAAUUGGAUGUUUACAAAAACUUGUCUAACAAGAUGAUAUCGAUUUUGUCGCAAAACUAUUCUGGGGAUAUCACUAUUAUUCCUGAAUACAAGAUGAGCGACUUUGUUAACUUGUUUGAGAAUCCAGAUACAGAAUUUAUGCUCGAUUUCAUAUGCCGUGGUGCCAAAGUAUCGUGGCCCAAAGUGUCAAUAAUUCAUAACCACUGUAGUGUUGAAUUUGCGUUGGACAAGGCAAUAACAAUUUUGAGAGGAAGAAUUAUAACGUCGGCAAACUAUAGAAUCACAUCCAACAGCAGUGGUGUCAGACGCAGCCAGCUGUACUACAAACCCAAACAACAAAUAAUGAAUUUGGUCACUUCUCCAGUCAUGAAUGACAAUGCUCAAUUCAACACGGCACCAGCAACUCCGCUUAAACAAAAGCAAAGGCCGCUUGGCGUUCAAAGACAUCAUUCAACCUCCAAUGCAACCUCCAAUAAACACCAGCCAAGAUCAAAGAGAAAUUCUAUGAGUGCCACAGAUGGAAGUCAAGUAGACGUUGCUGCUUCGUAUGCUGCUGUUAAUUCUGGUGCUGGCGGAGCAACCACUCCUUAUAAAAAGUUGUCGAAAGGGAUUUCAACCACAGCGUUAAUGCAGUUGACUCAGGGAUACGCUUCUGGGGAUUCUACUUUAGUAAACGAUGACUCGGAGAAUUCAAAUGGACCAGCGACUACGUUCCGACGAGGGAUUAGAAAAGCUAGAAGUUCAGGGAAUAUCAGAAAUAAUAUGGAUUAUAGCAAUACCGAUCGUCCUGUAUCAAGACUGACUAUCGAUAGAAUUCCUUAUAAGAACAAUCCAUACUUGCAGCAACGAUCAAAAGAAUCUUUGGAGUCAUUCAAUAAAGCUGAGGAAGGGCUGAGUCAAAGGGAAAAGCCAAAUUUACCAAGUGUAUCAAGUUCCAAUUCACAUCGGAACUCGUAUAUUGGGUUGAACAGGUUGAAAGAUAAUAAUUUAUCAAGGCAGAAUAACAAUCUGUUUUUCAACUUGAAGCAGUUAGGCAAAGGACCCAACAACCAAGAAUUGAUCAAAAAAUUAGAGCAAGAGAGGAAGGGGAUAUUGAAGAAUGGCAAUCGAGAGAGUUUGGCAAACUUGGAAUUGUUUGCUAAUAGCGACGAUGAUGAUUUGUGUAAACUUGAAUUGUCUCAUGAAGGUAGUUUAGGUGAUGAUGAACAUAGUAAUGAAAAAGAGUAUACUCCUGGCGAUGACGAUGACUCUGACGAGGAAGGGGACGAUAGCCAGUUUCAUAGUGAUGAAGAAGAAGAAGAAGAAGAAGAUGAUGAUGAUGAUGAAGAAGAAGAAGAAGGUAUUGCUUACAAUGAUGACAAUGAGAAAGCUAAUGGAAGCAGUUCGAAAGUGGCUUUUGAAUCUGUGGAGAUGACAAACCGUUCAGAGAGUGUUGUUGAUGAUAUCAAUCCCUAUUUUGGUAGUUAG